AUGUCGUCCGUCGCCGCUGCCGCCGCAGCACCGGCCGAGGUGCCAGCCGCCCCUCACAGCGCGCCCGCCAAAGGCACUUCUCACAGCAGCCGUCCCGCAAAGCGCCCCAACAACGCCAACCGCAACGGCCCUAGCCGCAAGGCCAAGCAGCAGCGCACCAAGCGCGAGCGCAACAUCACCGAGGGGUCGACCGAGGAGGUCCUCCGCUGCGACAUUGACGCGCUCCUCAAGUCCCGCCGCGCGGCCGCCAGCGAAGACGACGACGCCGCCGCCACCGCCCCGGCCGCGGACGACGCUGACCUGCCGGCGCCCUUUACCGAAAUGGACGUCGACAUCCACGAGCUGUCCUCGACCGGCGACGGCCUCGGCAUGGUCGCCGGCUCCGAGCACGUGUACGUGGUGCCAUUUACCGUCCCCGGUGACACGGCGCGCGUCCGGGUCAUCCGGCACGUCCCCGGCGAGGGCCACUCGCACGCCGACUUCGUCGCCACCGUGACGCCCUCGCCGCUGCGCGACGACGCCCGCGUGCGCUGCCCGUACUUUGCCCGCUGCGGCGGCUGCCAGUUCCAGAUGCUCGACUACGCCGAGCAGCUGCGCCGCAAACGCCGCAUCCUCGUCAAGGCCUACGCCCACUUUGCCAACCUCGCCCCGGCCCUCAUCCCGCCCGUCGGCGACACCAUCGGCAGCCCGCUCCAGUACGGCUACCGUACCAAGCUCACGCCGCACUUUGACGGCCCGCCCGGGUUUAGGCGCGGCAAGACGCCCGGCGCCGGGUUCGCGGCCUGCCCCGAUAUUGGCUUCAUGCAAAAGGGACGCCGCAAGGUCCUGGAUAUCGAAGACUGCCCGAUUGGCACUGAGGCGGUGGGCGCGGGCAACACGCGCGAGCGCAAGCGCAUGCAGGACGAGUAUACAAACUACAAACGAGGCGCGACGCUGCUGCUGCGCGAAAACACGACCCGGCACCCUAAAGACAGCGAAGCGGCCAAGGCAGAGCUCGCGCCGUAUACGGUGCGGUCCGAGUCGGGCGACUUUGUCGACAUCAAGUCGUGCGAGACCGACUCCAAAGCCACGACGACCGAGUACAUUGGCGACUACAUUUUCACCAACCCGGCGGGCUCGUUUUUCCAAAACAACAACUCCAUCCUGCCCGUCUUCACCUCGUACGUGCGCGACCGCAUCCUGCCGCGCGCCACCGCCGCCUCGCCCAUCAAGUACCUCAUCGACGCCUACUCGGGCUCCGGCCUCUUCACAAUCACCCUGUCCUCCGUCUUCCAGCACUCGACCGGCAUCGACAUUGCCGGCGCCUCCAUCGAGUACGCGCGGCGCAACGCCGCCCUCAACGGGCUCGGCGAGGACCGCUGCCGCUUCAUCGCCGCCGACGCCGGCGAGCUCUUCUGCUCGGUCACGUACGACGCCGACGAGACCGUCGUCGUGCUCGACCCCCCGCGCAAGGGCUGCGAUGCCAGCUUCCUGGCGCAGCUGCGCCGCUUUGGCCCCCGCCGCGUGCUCUACGUCAGCUGCAACGUGCACACACAGGCGCGCGACGUCGGCGUCUUGGUCCGCGGCGAGGGCGACGGCCGCCGCUACGCGAUUGAGAGCCUGGUCGGUUUUGACUUUUUCCCGCAGACGGGCCAUGUGGAAGGCGUGGCCAUUUUGAAUCGAGUGGAGGAAUGA